CUGUUUCUCCUCUCCUCUCAUUAGUUCUUGGCUCAAGAUUUAUCGAUUUAGCGAGUAAGCGGCGUGUAGAGAUCAGAGAUGGCGGCACCAUUCACGUUGAGGAAGAUCGGAGUUCCGCCGAACUCAGCGAACCUGACGGAAGCUCGCCGCCGCGUGUUCGAUUUCUUCAGAGCUGCGUGUAGAUCCAUCCCCACCAUCAUGGACAUUUACAAUCUCCAAGACGUCGUCGCGCGUUCUCAGCUCCGCUUCGCAAUCUCUGCUCAGAUUCGUAACAACGCUCACGUCACCGACCCUAAGGUGAUUGAUCUUCUUCUGUUCAAGGGAAUGGAAGAGCUGACUGACAUAGUUGAUCACGCAAAGCAGCGUCACCACAUCAUCGGUCAAUACGUGGUGGGCGAAGGGCUCGUGCAGAACACCGGAAGCAAGGAUCAAGGGAAGUCUGAUUUUCUCAAGAAUUUCUACACCAGCAACUACUUUUGAACUGUUGAUUGUUUUCUAAUGCUACCAAGUCUCUCCAGCACUGUAUUUUUGAUUCCUUAGGAAGUCUUUCUCUUCCUGAAAAUAAUUAGUAGUACCUUUCGAUUUGUUCGAGUCCUUUUUAAGUUUUAUCUGUGGCAGUCUCUGCUGUGCAAAUAUUGCUAUGAUUUCAAGAUACAUAACUCUCAGUUUAAAUUGAAUUUGUCUGUUUGGCUUA